GCACCUUCUACAAUGUAGUUACAUACACACAUGAGUACCUUCUCCAGUCCUCGAAAUCCAAUAAAAUCCCAACUCGCAAUCUUCUCUCCAAUGUCCAACUAAACAUUGAAGCAAUUUUACUGCAUCAUCAUCCCAUCUUCACCAGAGUACAUUUAGAGUCGACGGUAUCACUCCAUAUAAAUCGUACAAGUAUGGCCAAAGUCGUCGCUCGUCUUCUUUCCGAGAGCAAGCCAUAUCUGGUCCCAGGCAAAAUACUGGUGAAAGAGUUCUGGUUCGAAGUCCCAUUGGACCAUUCAAAACCAGAUUCCAACCCAAUCAAACUUUUCGCCAGGAGUGCUACCAAAUAUGAAAAGCCUAUUGUCGAACCAGCCUCAGACGUGAAUGUGCAGAAGCCUUACUUUUUAUUCCUUCAGGGUGGCCCUGGGCUGCCAACACCUACACCACAGAGCUCCCCCUUGUCAAAUUAUAUGCUUGACAGAGGCUACGAGUUGCUCUUUUUGGACCAGCGAGGUACCGGUCUGAGCAGCACCAUUUCUGACAGUACACUUGCGCUCAUAGGUGAUGCCCAAAAGCAAGCCGACUAUCUCAAAUUCUUUAGAGCAGACACAAUUGUCAAAGACAGCGAAGCUGUUCGCCUUCGUCUGACUGAAGACUACCCAGAAAGGAAGAAAAAAUGGUCUACCUGGGGCCAAUCCUUUGGCGGCAUGACCACCCUCACCUAUCUCUCUUUUGCGCCUGAAGGCCUUCGAGAAUGCUUCAUUACCGGAGGGCUUUCUCCAUUGGACAAAGGUCCUGAAGAAGUAUACCAGGCCACUUAUCGGAGAUGUAUGGAGCGGAACGUUGCUUAUUACAAAAAGUUUCCAGGCGACAUUGACAGUGUUAAAAUGAUUGCCACGAAAAUCCGUGAGCUCGGUGGCGAAAAGGGGAUACCACUACCUACCGGUGGUUUCUUGACCGUCCAACGGCUGAUGACUGUCGGCUUGAACUUUGGCGCUCAUGGAGGCAUUGACAGAGUUCAUAACUACAUCGUGAGAAUGAAAGCAGAUCUUGACCAGUUCGGCAUCUUCACCCGCGCUACUAUGAAUGAAUUAGAACAAGACAACGCGUGGGAUAUUGCUCCUAUUUACACCCUACUGCAUGAACCAUGUUGGUGCUUUGGGCCAGGGGUAGCAGGAAACUGGGCAGCCGAACGAAUUGGAAAGGAAAUGGAGGAGUAUCAAUGGCUCCACAAGGACUGGGCUGGACCUGCGAGCCUAGGCGAGAAGCCCUUAUUCUUUUCCGGCGAGAUGACUUACCCCUUUCUCUUGGAGACGUGUGGUGGGCUCAUCAACCUCAAGGAGACUGCUCAUAUUCUUGCCAAGUAUGAUCAAUGGGCUCCCCUAUAUGACAUUGAGCAAUUGGCGAAGAACGAGGUCCCCGUUUACGCGGCAUGCUACAACGACAUGUAUGUCGACCCCGAUCUGGCUCGGGUCACGGCCUCCAGAAUCAAGGGUAUCAAGGUAUUCGAGACCAAUGUCUUGUACCACAAUGCUGUCCGUUCGAACCCAGGCGACGUAAUCCCGCAGCUGCUGAAACUGCGUGACGACACCAUCGACUAGAGCGAUUCAUGACACGAGAACAAGGAACACGGCACGCUGUAUACCACAGAAUAGCAAAAUGAUAUCUUUAUUAGGUAGAAAAUGGAACAGAAGCAAUUUGUUGUUGGAUAUGAAACGCAAUGCCGCAAAGCUAGUACUACCUCGACACGAGCCAAGAUCUUAAUUAUGAUAUCCAUCCAGCCGUUACCAGCAUACAUGUGCAAGCCUAUCUAGGUACCCACUCAUCGUGUACCUAAAUAUAAAUAAGCCCAUUACUCCCUUACGGUAUAUCGUAUCUCGACAACCCCUUCC